AUGCGACGAUUCCUUUUGCUCUUUUUACUCGGCCUUCUGGAGCAGGCCCAAUCUAUUCACAACUCGGAAUCUUCGUUCGAGUUCCGAAAGUGAGUAUGAAUUUGAGAGCAUACGAGUGCGGCAUUUGUCGGUUUCAGUUUCAAACUCAUCCGAAUCAAUCCGGAGACUGAGAGCAGUGUCAAUUAUCUCCGAAGUCUUUAUGAAGAUCCGUCGCCUUAUGAACUCGACUUCUGGCAGCCUCCGACGCAUAUCGGUUCGGCUUCAUUUUGAGUAUUCAACUUUCCUGUUACUGUUUCUAUUUACAGGGGCUAUUGUUGAUUUGACAGUUUCUCCCUCUGAUGCUCCGAAGUUUGUUCGAGAUCUCGAAUCCCAGAAUAUCAACUACAUCGUUGCUGUGAAUGAUCUUUCCAAGUGAGUUAAUAAGGGAAGUUCGAACUUCAAAUCAAAGCAUUAAGAGCGAUUGAAAGUGAGCGCAGCAGCGAUCAAUUCUACAAUCCGGUGGCCGGAUUCGCGUACGAUAAGUACAACAGUUUGGAGGAGAUCCACACAGAAAUGAAGCGGCUGAAGAAGGAAUAUCCGACGAUGAUCACUUUGAUCGAUAUAGGACAGAGUCACGAGAACCGCACUCUUCUCGUUAUGAAGGUCAGUAGCACACACACACCUUAUCACUUUCCAACGAAGGCAACUUCAGAUAACCGGAAAGAGAAACCCACUUGGAUCGAAGAUUUCCAUGUGGAUCGACGGAGGAAUUCACGCGAGAGAGUGGAUUUCUCCGGCCGUCGCAAUGUACAUGGCUCACGAAUUGAUACUGGGAUACGAGAACGACGCGGCUGUGGCCAAGCUGAUGGACCACAUUGACUUCUACAUCCUCCCCGUCAUGAACCCUGAUGGAUACGAGUACUCGAGAGAAAAGGUCAGCAACCGGGGACUUCCUGUCAGAAUUGAACGGAUUGAAUUCAGAACCGAAUGUGGAGAAAGAACCGGAGUCCGGCCAAGUGUCAUCGACAGCACUUCAGCACGGUUUGCUGCUCCGGAGUGGAUCUUAACAGAAAUUUCGACUGGUUCUGGGCAUGUACGUAUCUUUGUCUCUUUCCUAGCAAAACGAUGCUUUCAGCCACCGGCUCUUCCUCGGAUCCUUGUCAUGACACUUACCACGGCUCCUCGGCUUUCUCGGAGCCCGAAUCUCAAGCAGUCCGUGAUUUCCUCGAACAGAACACUCCGGAAGCAUUCAUUUCUCUCCACUCCUACUCCCAAAUGUGGCUGAUUCCAUACGGACAUCGUAAACAAAGUUAUCCCCAAGACUAUCACACUGGCCUCCGGCCUCUUGCUCUCAGAGCCACAAAGGCACUUUACGAGUUAUACGGGACGAAAUAUCAAGUGGGAACAGGCGCCGAUCUUAUGUGUGAGUAGAUAAAUCACUCGGGAAAGAAAGGAGGGAAAUGAUUGCAGAUGAGGCUUCCGGAGGAUCUCACGAUUGGGCGAAGGGACAGCUUAAAGUGCCGUACGCGUAUCUCAUUGAACUUCGGCCGAAGAAUACAAUGCUCGGGCACGGCUUCCUUCUUCCUGAAAGGGAAAUUGUCCCCACUGGACUGGAAACUUUCGAGUCGAUAAAAGUUGUUGCUGAUGAGCUCGUUGCUCAGUUCGUUGAGCCAGUCAUCAGAGCUAAACUCAGCACUACCACCCGAGCAUGUACGAGAGCAUUCCUCCGUUUCUACUUCUACUCUAUGCUUUUUUCAGCAAUUCCUCCAUACCGUCGUGGAUACUCAAUCAUUGACACCACAACGAUGGAGCCCUCAGAAGAGACGACUGUUCAAAAGACGUCGACAAGCACAGCAACCGAGUCUACGCCAACAACUACAACGACUACGGAAAGUACAACUACUUCUACGACAACAACAGAAGCUUCAACCACGACAUCAUCAACUACUACAACCACAGAAGCGCCGAUGACGUCAACGACGGCAUCAUCGUUCACUUCGACGACAACGAAUCCUCCGACUACAGAGGAAGCAAAAGUUCAGGAGACGACAUCUUCAACUUCGAAGCCAAUUGAAGAGGUGCGGCAAAGUUGCGAUUCUCAGAUUCUAAAGGAUGUUUUCAGGAAACGAACACUCCGAUCAAGUGCAUGGACUACGGAGAUUACUGUCGUCUGUGGGGUGUUCUUCAGCUCUGCUACAGGGACCAAGUGUCCAAAUUAUGCCCGAAAACAUGCGAUUCCCGAUGCUCCUUUUCCGUUUGA